GGGGCGGAGGAGGCGGAGGGCGGGGAGGGAGCGCGCGCGUGGCUCGGGGCGCCCGGGCUCCCCCCCCGCCAGCCCCCGACCCCGGCCCGCGCCGCCUCUUCGCCACCGCCCGCGUCGCCGCUGGGACCCGCUGCGGGCGCGGGGACCCGGCAGGCGGGGAAGCGCGGGCACCCGGCGCGGCCUGCAGGGAGCGAGAAAGCAAAAGGGUUCCUGGUCGCCCAGAGCUGAAGUAAUGAGAAGGCGUCAUGGAGGCCCAGUCCCAGAGCUCCACGACCACUGAGAAGAAGAAAGUGGAGAAUUCCAUAGUGAAAUGCUCCACUCGACCAGAUGUCAGCGAGAAAGCCGUGGCCUCCAGCACCACUUCCAAUGAGGAUGAAAGUCCUGGACAGACCUAUCACAGAGAGAGAAGAAACGCAGUCACUAUGCAGCCUCAGAGCGUCCCGGGGCUUGGCAAGAUCAGUGAGGAACCUUCGACAUCCAGUGACGAGAGGGCCUCGCUGAUCAAGAAGGAGAUCCAUGGGUCCCUGCCCCACCUGGCCGAGCCCUCUGUCCCCUACCGCGGGGCUGUGUUUGCCAUGGACCCCAGGAACGGCUACAUGGAACCCCAUUACCACCCUCCUCAUCUCUUUCCUGCAUUCCAUCCUCCUGUACCAAUCGAUGCAAGACACCAUGAGGGCCGUUACCAUUACGAUCCGUCUCCGAUCCCUCCAUUGCAUGUGCCUUCUGCCUUAUCUAGUAGCCCCACGUAUUCCGACCUGCCCUUCAUCAGGAUCUCCCCGCAUCGGAAUCCCGCUGCAGCUUCUGAGUCCCCCUUCAGCCCUCCGCAUCCCUACAUCAACCCCUACAUGGACUACAUCCGGUCCCUGCACAGCAGCCCGUCGCUCUCCAUGAUUUCGGCCGCCCGCGGGCUGAGCCCCACAGAUGCCCCCCACGCUGGAGUCAGCCCAGCAGAAUACUAUCAUCAGAUGGCUCUGUUAGCCGGCCAGCGCAGUCCCUACGCAGACAUCAUCCCCUCCGCUGCCACCGCCGGCGCAGGGGCCAUCCACAUGGAGUAUCUUCACGCCAUGGAUAGCACCAGAUUCCCCAGCCCCCGGCUGUCAGCCAGGCCAAGCCGAAAACGUACACUGUCCAUUUCACCACUGUCCGAUCAUAGCUUUGACCUUCAGACCAUGAUUAGGACGUCUCCCAACUCCUUGGUCACCAUUCUCAAUAAUUCCCGCAGCAGCUCUUCAGCAAGUGGCUCCUACGGCCACUUAUCUGCAAGUGCAAUCAGCCCUGCCCUGAGCUUCACCUACCCUUCUGCACCCGUGUCUCUCCAUAUGCAUCAGCAGAUCUUAAGCCGACAGCAGAGCUUAGGCUCGGCCUUUGGACACAGCCCUCCACUCAUCCACCCUGCCCCAACCUUCCCGACACAGAGGCCUAUUCCCGGGAUCCCUACGGUCCUCAACCCUGUCCAGGUCACCUCCGGCCCUUCCGAGUCCUCACAGAACAAGCCCACGAGUGAGUCCGCUGUGAGCAGCACCGGCGACCUAGUACAUAACAAACGCUCCAAGAUCAAACCCGAUGAAGACCUCCCCAGCCCGGGGCCUCGGGGCCAGCAGGAACAGCCUGAAGGGACAACCCUGGUGAAGGAGGAAGGCGACAAAGAUGAAAGCAAACAGGAGCCUGAAGUCAUCUACGAGACAAACUGCCACUGGGAAGGCUGUUCUCGGGAGUUCGACACCCAGGAGCAGCUGGUGCAUCAUAUAAAUAACGACCAUAUCCAUGGAGAAAAGAAGGAGUUCGUGUGUCGGUGGCUUGAUUGCUCGAGAGAACAGAAACCCUUCAAAGCCCAGUACAUGUUGGUAGUGCACAUGCGCAGGCACACAGGGGAGAAGCCUCACAAAUGCACUUUUGAAGGUUGCACAAAGGCCUACUCGAGACUCGAAAACUUGAAAACACACUUGAGAUCUCACACUGGAGAGAAACCGUACGUCUGUGAGCACGAAGGUUGCAACAAGGCUUUCUCGAAUGCCUCUGAUCGCGCCAAGCACCAGAACAGGACACAUUCCAACGAGAAACCGUACGUGUGCAAAAUCCCCGGCUGCACCAAGCGCUACACAGACCCCAGCUCCCUCCGGAAACACGUGAAGACCGUGCACGGCCCAGAGGCUCACGUCACCAAGAAGCAGCGUGGGGAUGUGCAUCCCAGGCCCCCGGCGCCAAGAGAUUCCGGCGGCCACUCACAGUCUAGGUCACCCGGCCGGCAGACUCAGGGAGCCCUCGGGGAGCAGAAGGGCCUCAGCAACACUACCUCAAAGCGGGAAGAAUGCCUCCAAGUGAAAACGGUCAAGGCGGAGAAGCCCAUGACAUCUCAGCCAAGCCCUGGUGGUCAGUCUUCAUGCAGCAGCCAACAGUCCCCCAUCAGCAACUAUUCCAACAGUGGGCUCGAGCUUCCUCUAACCGAUGGAGGUGGUAUGGGCGACCUCAGUGCCAUCGACGAAACCCCAAUCAUGGACUCGACCAUUUCCACUGCAACCACAGCCCUCGCUUUGCAAGCCCGGAGGAACCCGGCAGGGACCAAAUGGAUGGAGCACGUCAAGCUAGAAAGACUCAAACAAGUGAAUGGAAUGCUUCCGCGACUGCAUCCCAUUCUACCCCCCAAAGCCCCUGCGGUCUCUCCUCUCAUAGGAAACGGCACGCAGCCCAGUACCAGCUGCAGUCUGGGCGGGCCCCCGCCGCUUCUCCCGAACAGAAGCGACCUUUCUGGGGUGGACAUCACCAUGCUGAACCUGCUCAACCGCAGAGACAGCAGCGCCAGCACCAUCAGCUCCGCCUACCUGAGCAGCCGCCGCUCCUCCGGCAUCUCGCCCUGCUUCUCCAGCCGCCGCUCCAGCGAGGCGUCCCAGGCCGAGGGGCGCCCCCAGAACGUGAGCGUGGCCGACUCCUACGACCCCAUCUCCACCGACGCGUCGCGCAGGUCCAGCGAGGCCAGCCAGGGCGACGGGCUGCCCAGCCUGCUCAGCCUCACGCCCGCCCAGCAGUACCGCCUGAAAGCCAAGUACGCCGCUGCCACGGGCGGUCCGCCGCCCACCCCGCUGCCCAACAUGGAGAGGAUGAGCCUCAAGACCCGGAUGGCCCUGCUGGGCGAUGGCAGGGAGCCCGCGGGGACCCUGCCUCCCGUACAUCCUCCCCGGAGAUGCAGCGACGGCGGGGCCCACGGCUACGGCCGGCGCCCGCUGCUGCCCCAGGAUGCGCUGGGCAACGGCGUGAGAAGAGCCAGCGACCCGGUGCGGACGGCCUCCGAGAGCCUCUCGCUGCCCCGGGUGCAGCGAUUCAACAGCCUUAACAGCUUCAGCCCUCCGGUGUUGCCUCCAUCCCUGGAGAAGCGUAAUCUAGUGCUUCAGAACUACACGCGGCCAGACGGGGGCCAGUCCCGACCCUUCCACGCGUCUCCCUGUCCCCCGAGCAUUACUGAGAACGUCACCCUGGAGUCCCUGACCAUGGACGCCGAUGUGAGCCUGAACGAUGAGGAUCUCCUGCCCGACGACGUGGUGCAGUAUUUAAACUCCCAGAACCCAGUCGGGUAUGAGCAGCACUUCCCGGGCACCGUCUCUGAUGACAGCAAAGUGCCCCACGGUCCCGGCCUGGGGAGCGGGCCCGGCGACUUUGACCCACUUGGGCUGCCCGGCAGCCACGCCAGCCAGCAGUAUCGCGGGCUGGAACCGCCCUGCACUGAUGCCGGUAAACCCGACCUGCCCAUUCAGUGGAACGAAGUCAGCUCAGGCAGCGCCGACCUGUCCUCCUCCAAGCUGAAAUGCGGCCCGCGGUCCACAGCGCAGCAGGCCCGCGCCUUCGCGCUGUACAGCCACGUGGGCGUCCACCCACAGAAUCCCUUGAGGAGCGGGGCUGGCCCGGCUGGGGGGUAUCCGACCCCCGGCGAGCACGGCAGCUCCUUCGGGGGCCCGGAGCACUUGGUGAGCCACGGCGGCGGCGGCGGCGGAGCUGCGGGCACCAACGGGAACGCCUUCCACGAACAGCCCUAUAAGGCCCAGCAGUAUGGAAACUGCCUGGCCCGGCAGCCCGGCUCCCCCGGCUGGCUCGACGGGGCCUGCGGUGCCGGGAUGCAGGCAGCGAAGCUGCAAAGCAUCCCCGUGCCAGGCAGCGGGAGCCAGCCGGAUUUCGGCCUGUCGGUGGCACCGAACGAGUCAGCCGGCAGCACGGUGAAUGGCAUGCCCAGCCCAGACCCGGUGGGACAGGGGUACCUGGUGCAUCAGCUCCUUAGUGACAGCAUGCACCCCCAGGGGGCAGGCCGCCCCGGGCAGCACGUGCUGGGGCACGGCAGCGCUACCUCACACAUCCACGUCUAUCAAGGGCCAGAAAGCGGCCUGCCAGGGCCUCCCAGCACCGGCAUCCAGCUGUCAAGCUUGGCAGCCGUCAGGGGCUACCAGCCGUGUGCCAGCUACGGGGGCGGCCGGCGCCAGGCUGGGCCGAGGGGCGGCCUCGCUCUGCAGCCAGGACAGCUCAGCGACCCAAGUCAGACCUGCAGGGUGAACGGCAUCAAGGUGGAGAUGCCCGGGCAGCCCCAUCAGCUCUAUUCGAGUGUGCAGAGUUACUCUGGUCAGUUCUAUGACCAAACCAUCGGCUUCGGUCAGCCAGACGUGAAAACCGGGUGCUUCUCCGUGUCAGAAGCCAGCUGCCUGCUCCAGGGGGCGAGCGCCGAAAACUCUGAACUACUCUCCCCGGGUGCUAACCAGGUGACGAGCACAGUGGACAGCCUCGACAGCCAUGACCUGGAAGGGGUGCAGAUUGACUUCGAUGCUAUCAUAGAUGACGCGGACCACGCCAGCCUGAUGUCAGGAGUCCUGAGCCCAAGCAUCAUUCAGAACCUCUCUCAUAGCUCCUCCCGGCUCACGACGCCACGCGCCGCCCUCCCGUUGCCAGCUCUGUCUCUGAGCACCACCAACAUGGCAAUCGGGGACAUGAGUUCUCUGCUGACCUCCCUCGCGGAAGAAAGCAAAUUCCUUGCAGUUAUGCAGUAGGCAUUAGGGGGAAAAGAAAAAAAAGAAAAAAAAAAAAAGACUGCCAAGAGACCUGAAACUUUAGGAGUUUAAAAGAUUAAAUUGACCCUUUUUUUUUUUUUUUUUUUUUUGGCUGUUUCGUUUUUGUUUUUUUUUUUAGUUCUGUAUAUGUUUUAGCAAUCUCAUCUCACCUAACUGGGAUGUGUUUCAAGUAUAUUCCUUUUAUGGAAAAGGACUCUGAAAAACCCUAAAGUAUUCUAGGGAGAAACUGUCUUCCAUUUCAGUUUUGAAUCAGUAUUGUUACACUCGAAACACCCUCUUUUUUUAAAAAACUGUAAGCCCGCCCUCCCCCCCCCCUUUUUUUUUUAGUAAACCGGUGUAAAUGUGUGGUGUGCACGUUCUUUCUUUUUGGAGAGAGGGCAAAGGAAAGGAUUUGACAGGUUUCUCUGUUACUCCAAGGAAAUAGGAAUUGGUGUGCUUGUGACCAAGGGGUUACACUUCCAGCUUUUUUCCAUUUUCCUUUACAUACGUUCAACGUUUGUUUUUGUGUUUUGUUUCUUUUGUUUUUUUAAUUCCCACACUGGGCACGAGAAUCAGAACAUGGAGAGUGAGUUUGGGAAUCCAUGGAGAGUGAGUUUGGGAAUCUCUUGUGAGCGUACUGUAUCAGAGGUCACAGGUUUUUGAGACGCUCCUCGCCCACAGUUCAGUUCAGAGCACGCUUUAGACAGAUACACACAGGUCGAAAUUUGGGACUCUUGCACAUGAAAUGGUGUGCCCACCAUUGGGGUUUAAAAUUCUUCCUGUCCAUACACGAGCUUAGGGUGGGUAUGUGUAUACGACAGUUCUCAGUUAUCAACCUUGCCUCCUCUCUCUCUUUCUGUCCGUGAAUGUUCAGUGCUCUUCCAGGGAGAUGGGGAAGGGCGCUGGGUGACACUCAGACAUGCUAUUACUUUCAUCUGUUCUGGUAAGAAGGUAGGUGGCUUGCAGAUUCAAGCUACUGUGGAGAAUUUGUUUGGGGAAUAUUUGUGGGUUUGCAUAUUUGUUGAUAGUUCCAUCUUUUGCCCCGUUUUCAUAGAUAACUGAGAAUUGAUGAUAUCUAGUUCUGAGUAUAUAGGUACUUAACCCCACAGCUGGCUAUGUCAUUAACAUAUGUUAAUUCCACUAUAGCGAAGGAGUAUUUCUAUUCUAAGUGCCCUAUUUUAGGGGAUUUAUAAAACUUGGUUGUAAAAGAAAAAAGCUCACAGACAAAGAUAUUUGGAAUAAAUCGCUUCAAAUAUUUUUAGUAUUUAAAAGCACUAGGGAAGAAGUUUUGUAGCUGUGUGGAUACCUUUUUUUUGCACCCUAUCUAUUAAGUGAUGCAUCCAUUUAAGAAGUUAAGUGUUCCACGCAGUUUGUCCUUAAUGUGGACUUAAUCUGGACUUUUGUUUUGGAUUAAAGCAUUUAAAGAUUUUAAAAGUGCAGCUACUCCCCAGGUGCAGUUGCUACACAUAAAAGACAUACUAUGUGUGCACAGAGUACGUGGAUUAUCCAGCAUUUUACUUUUAAAAAUAUGUAAGCUAUGAAAAUAAAACAUUGACACCUCAGGCUACCUGCUGUAUUCUGUCCCCUUGACCCUGGAGUUGGAUUUUUCCAAAGUGAUUCAUGAGUCCAUUAUGUGGCUUUUUCCCUUUAUUCCUGCCAUUUAAAUUAGUAUUAGACAAAAUCAAAUAAAAGUAUUAAAUAGAAAGAAUAUUAGGACCAGCCCAUUUUUCUCAUGUUUAUGUUCUCUCAUUUGGACCAAGAAUCUCAGUGUGGAAGUAAAAUUGCCCUUUGGGACUUUGGCUAAGACAGUUGGUUUGCUUUCAACUAAAUGAAAGCAGAGAGAUGCCGAGGUUCUCCGGCCAUCCACCCCCACCUCCCACCCAGUGCAACACCUUCAUUUCAAUCAAAGGAAGCAUCCACUUCAGAACAGAGUCCAAAAUCAAAAGACAAGUAGUGAUCUGAACUAGGAGAGUUGAGUCUCUACCACUUUUCAAUGGAAAGAUCAAGGCAUUUUCUGUGUUCUUCAAACAGGUCAUGAUCUGGUUACAAAAUCAGUAAUCCAUUCCCUGAAUCUUGUUUUUUCCAUGAAUUCAAAAUCUCCCGGUCCUGGUCUGAGCCAGCAUGCCCUUGUGGCUUAAUCCAAUCCCUGUCCUCCUUCUCCUCCCUCUGAAUCCUUUCCCCACUAGCAUUCCUAGAUGUGUCCUGCAUUUAUCAAUUGCCAUAAUUUCCCAUGUCACCUUUGCCCUACAUGGAAGGAUGGACGGAGCCUGGGAUGAGCAAGGUUGUCACCUUGUGCCUCUGUUUUUCCUUUGGUUUCUGGUGAUUCUCCGGGUUACCCCCUAUCUUUUUCUCGUCAUACUUUGUUUUCUUUGCUCCCGCCUUCAGAUUUGCAGGAGACACUCAUGCUUCAGCUCAGUAUUUGGCUUCUCUCAGUAUGGAAAUCUCAGAAGGAUGGAGGAAAGGAGAGGCGGAAGAGGAAAGUGUAUUUUUCCAAUCUGUUAAGAUAGUGUAAGGAAGAUCUUUUGGGGCCACUUACAAGUGUCCCGUCUGGACAUGGAUCUCUGUAGACUGGGCAUCUCCUGUGAUGGAACCCAUCCCCAGCCUCCCAUCUUCUCUCCACUUCCCUGUCCCUUGCGUUUAGGGAGAUAACACCAACUCUCUAGGGUCAUGGCUACUUUUUAAUGCAGGCUCAUACACGGUACCGCUGUUUGGCAUCCAUGUUAAACAUGUUCAAUCCAUUUUGUUUUCUUUUCUAAAGAACUAAUUAGACUGCCCCUGCUCCUCACUCACUGGCUCACCCUCUUGAGCUGCAGAGUUUCGAUUCUUGCGAUGUAUGUGCCUUAUUUUAUGUUAAUGUCGUCGAAGCGAGGGACCAGUUGGUAUUGCCCAGUCAGGGCUCAAGGCUGCGUGCUCCCCAGCCGAGAGCACACGAUUGUAGCAGAGUCUGAGCUGUCUUGUAACCUGGCUUCCCAUGUUGUUUUGAACUGAUAGGAGGAUGUCCUCUUCUGACAAGUUACCGUUGUGUAUCCUGCAAAUGUGUAAGAUAAAGUACGAGUUCAUUGUUUUCACCUUUUUUAGAUUUUUAAAAAAAUAAAAUGUGUAAUCCUUUUUUUAAAAGAAACACGUGUAAAUACAUUUAAGUAUUGUAGGCAUAGUGUUUGGACGUGGCCGGCCCCGGGCCUUCCUCGGAUCAGCCCGCAGCCCGUGCAAUGCCCACCCGCGCCCACCUCUAGCCGGGGGCUGCAGCCCCGCCACAGAUGGACUCUACUUUUGCUUUCAGAACCACUUAGUCUUUUUAUAACAAAGAGAAAGAACAAUGUUUCUUACAAUGUCAAUA